UUGUGGGUGCACAAGUGAGAGGGAGAGUCGCUACGCGGCGAUAGCGCAGGCGGUUAUCCUUUCGAGUUUAGAAACGGGGUGUUCUUCGCCUGCCCUGGCCUUCAGCUCGCUCCAAGGGACAGAGAAGGGGAAGCCCCAUUGCUCUCCCACAACCCUACGCCGGAGAGACGAGGCGAGAGAAGUGGCAUGUUCUUUGCUCAGCAAUGCUUCUUCUGCCUUGGCAUUAGAACAUCAAUACUGAAGAUUAUUUAUCCUUUGAGAUGCUUCAGGUUUUCAGCCUCUUCAACCAUGGCCUUCAAGCACAAAAAUGCAAAACGAAUUGAAGGGCUUGAUAGCAACGUGUGGGUGGAAUUUACAAAGGUAGCUGCCGAUCCCUUAAUUGUUAACCUUGGACAAGGCCUACCAGAUAUAUCUCCCCCUAACUACGUAAAAGAAGAAUUAGCAAAAGCAGCCUCUGUGGAUAGACUGAACCAGUAUACAAGAGGUUUUGGACAUCCGUUGCUGGUGAAAGUAUUGUCCCAAGUGUAUGAAAGGGUCUGUGGAAGAAAGAUUGACCCGUACACUGACAUCCUGGUGACAGUAGGAGGAUAUGGCUCUCUCUUUAGUGCAAUACAGGGGCUUAUUGACAUAGACGAUGAGGUGAUAAUAAUAGAACCUUUCUUUGAUUGUUAUGAGCCCAUGGUGAGGAUGGCAGGAGCAAAACCUGUUUUUAUAUCCUUGAGAUAUAAGCCUGAAGCUGGAGACAUUGCAACUAGUGCUGACUGGGUUUUGGAUUCUUCUGAACUUGCAAGUAAAUUUAAUUCCAAGACAAAAGCGAUUAUAUUGAAUACUCCUCAUAAUCCUGUAGGCAAGGUUUACACAAAAGAAGAGCUCCAGGUAAUUGCUGAUCUCUGCAUUAAACAUGAUACCCUAUGUAUCAGUGAUGAAGUCUAUGAAUGGCUGGUAUACAGUGGAUAUAAACACAUUAAAAUAGCUACUUUGCCUGGAAUGUGGGAAAGAACAGUAACUGUAGGAAGUGCUGGAAAAACUUACAGUGUAACUGGCUGGAAGCUUGGCUGGUCUAUUGGUCCCCAGCAUCUGAUAAAACAUUUACAGGUUGUUCAACAAAAUACAAUUUAUACAUGUCCAACUCCAUUACAGGAGGCUGUGGCUCAAGCUUUUUUGAUAGACUUCAAACGUAUGGAUGACCCAGACUGCUACUUCUACUCUUUGCCUAGAGAGCUGGAAGACAAGCGGGACCGAAUGGCUCAGAUGCUCCUGAAAGUUGGACUAAAACCUAUUGUUCCAGAGGGAGGAUAUUUCAUGAUUGUUGAUGUAUCUACGUUAAGAGUAGAUUUAUCUGAGAUGGAGAAGGAUAAACCUUAUGAUUAUAAAUUUGUGAAAUGGAUGAUAAAAUCUAAGAAAUUGUCAGCUAUUCCACUUACCUCAUUUUGUGGCCCAGAGACCAAAGAACAGUUUGAGAAAUACAUACGGUUUUGUUUCAUCAAAAAAGACAGCACAUUGGAUGCAGCAGAAGUGAUCCUGAAGAACUGGAAGAAACACUGACCCGGAAAUGAAACACUUCAGUCAGUUUAAUUAUCUUUGUGUAAACAGUUAGUUGUAUGGUUAAAAUCAGAUUUGCAAUUUCAUGUAAAAAGGUCUAAUUGGACUAUACUGCCAUCUGCUGUGAAUAUUAAUAAUGUGAUCAAAGGUAUUAAUCGUUAUAAUCUUCUAUCUUUAAAAUGAUACAGAAGAACCUCGUUACUCGCAGGGGUUCCGUUCCUCACCUACUAUUACACACAGUGGAACUGCAAAAUAACCAGGCAUUAUUCCUGUGGGGAAAGGGAAGUUAAGUUCCAGGCUGGAGGGAAAAUGGCAAAAAACGGCAAAAAAACCCCCUUACUUAGGUGUGCUCCACAGUGUCUCCAUACAUCCAGGAAUCCCCCCAUGUGCCCAUAUAUGCCCCCAAAAGGAUGUAUUGCCCCCCCCAAACCACAAAAAAAAUAGCAGGAAAAGGUCCGUUUUUUACAAAGAAAUGAGUGACAAAAUGGCUCCUCCUGUCUCCUGCAGACAAAAUGGUGGGCAGAAGUGACCUCCACAGUCACUUCCAGCUCUCUGGGAACCACAGAUACAUGGGCAGUGUUCCCUCUAAGGCAUGCACACAUGCCUGCGCUCACAAGUUUUUUUAUGUCCGCUCAGUUAAUUUUAGAUAGCGUUCAGGUUGAAUCAGGAAGGCCCCAUUCUGAAUGCAUGUGUGCACAAACUGCCUUGAUACUACCACCCAGAAAAAAACUCAUUUUGCACACAGAUGAAAAAAAUUAGAGAGAACACUGUACGUGGGUUUUAACCCUUUGUAUCCACCGAUACUGGAAAUGGGUAUCUAUUAGACACCCCCUCGAUACACAGAACCAUGAAUAACAAGGACCUACUUUAUUGUAUUUACCCGAAUAGAAGACAACUCUGAAUUUAAGAUGGUGCCUUAAAAAAUACAGGUUACUUGUUGUGGAGGACCCAGCUAUCCCACCAGACUAUCAAGUGUGAGGAACAGCCCUCUUGUCCUUCUGACUCCUUCACCGCUGCCACCAAGUGGGCUUUUGGCAAGGCUGACUCCACUGCAACAGCCCUUUCAGGAAUUCAAAAAAAAUUUAAACCAAACGUUAGUAGAGUGGAAAGGCCUAUAGGCGUGUGGUGGAGACAAUCAACAAGCUCUACUAUAUUAACAAGAAAGUUUUUACUAAAAUCAAAAGUUCCAAUUAAAACAUUACUUUACAGAAAAUCACAAAAUAAUACUCUCAAAGCAAGUCAGGGUAAGUAACAAUCUGUAGGCUUUUUAACAUGGCUCCGUUCUAUACAGGCUCUCCUUCAGAAUAUUUCUCUUUACUUUCUCUGGCUAGCUGGGCAGACUUCUUUGUUCAAGGGAUAGCACAGGUAUGGCUCAAUCCAGCCUGGUUACUUCCCCACUUUCAGUGAUUUCAGCUCAAAGUCCUGGCUUGCUGGCAACUCUAGCAGUCUCCAGCAACCGCAUGUUCUCUACUUCUUUAAUUCUCUCCCAGGUUUCUUUUACCAGCCUUUCUUUCCAAGUUUCUCUCUCCAGUAGCUUCUUGCCAACUCUUCUUCUGCAGAUUCUCUCAGCCUGACUCAACUGGACUCCAGCUCUAUUUAGCAGACAGCUCCAGACUGAACUUCUCCAAUUCCACUGCACUCAAUCCCUAUCAAACUUCCCCAAUAUAUACACUUCUUCUAUCACAUCAGUUACAUAGUUCAGCCAAUCAGAACUCAACAAAACAUUCCCUCCAUAAUUUAAAAUAUUUUUCCUCCAAAGCCCAACUGAUAGAUUUGCCAAAACCAAAAGUGAAACAAGAAAAACACAACUGAACGUUUACCCUAUACAGAGACUAACUAUAAUGCAAAACACUUUUACAAGGAAAAAGGGGUUUGUAAGCACAAAAAUCAAUGCAGAUUUACAAUUCUUUUAAGUGGGCUUAUUUACAAAAAAAAAACCCCAGGGGGUCCAGUCCGCGUUCCUUCACACCUGUAUUUAUCCAAAAGGAAGAGGACUCUAAAUUUAAGACAAUCUCCCAAUUUCUAACAUCAAAGAACUUGGAGGGAAACCUAGAAUGGAUUUACAUAAAUAUGGUAAAAUUACCAAAACAUUCAGUUGAAAUCUUUUUUUUACAAAAAAAUCUAGAUUUUUAAAAAAUAUGCUGAAUUAAAAUACAGAAUCCCAGUCCAGUGAGCUUCUUUAUCCUUGUACAAGAUAUAAUACAUUUACUGUAUGGCUUUUGUUUUCUUUCUGCCGAACAGUAAUUCUCUGUUAUUCCAACGGCAAUUGAACUGUGUGUGAGAGCUUGAACAACUGGAUACCUGGGCAGGGUAUCUUGCUAUACUAGGUAGGACCAGAAAAGGCCAUGGCAUCAGGGGCAUAGCAAGGUUGGAGUGGGUCCUGAGACAAAAAGUGAAGAUGUGCCGCUACUCCCCACCCCCUUCUUCAGAGAAUCAAGAGAGGGAGAGCAAAGAGCAAACUGUCACCUAGCUCAGGGAUUAUCAACGUUGGGUCCCCAGAUGUUAUUGGACUUCAACUCCCAUAAUCCGUAGCCCCAGUGACCUUUGGUUGGGGAUUAUGGGAGCUGAAGUCCAAUAACAUCUGGCAACCCAACGUUGAGAAUCCCUGACCUAGCUGACAGGCCCCCCUCCUUCAGGGGCCCAGUAAUAUUUUCUCCCCCCCCCGCUUCAGUUGUAGCUAUGCCCCACAUGGUGACAGAGGAAUGAUGGCCUGCUUAUGCAUGGUAUGUAGGGGAUGAAUCAGAGCGGUCUUGCCAUCAACACUUCUUUCAACUUCUGUUAGAGCCCAGGCUAAAUUGAGUAUGGCACUAACAGCCUAAAAACAGAGGCAUAACUGAUGUUCACAGAAUCCAUUUCUGUAGGUCUCCAUGUGGUAGGAUGGGAAUGAUGCUCUACACAACUUGAAAUGAGUCAGUUAUUAACAUAUUUGAGAUCGUAUUCAAGCCACCUAAUGGUGCAGUAGGGAAGUAACUUGCCUAGGGAGCAAGAGGUUGCUGGUUCAAACCCCCACUGGUAUGUUUCCUAGACUAUGGGAAACACCUAUAUCGGGCAGUAGCAAUAUAGGAAGAUGCUGAAAGGCAUCAUCUCUUACUGCACAGGAGGAGGCAGUGGUAAACUCCUCCUGUAUUCUACCAAAGACAACCACAGGGCUCUGUGGUCGCCAGGAGUUGACAUCGACUCGACGGCACAACUUUAACUCUACCUUUUUAUUAACUGUUCACUUUAAAAUAAUCAUGCAUGUGGAGGUGCAUAACUCUCAAAAACGUGCAAAAGACUAAAUAUAACUUUAAAAAAAAAAUCGCUUUUUUAAAAUUGGGAGGUGUGGACUUCCAGUCUCCCACACAAAAGUUCUACAGCAGAAAGUUACAGUGAAGUCCUCAAACAACUUAAAAAUCAUUUAUUAAGGUUCGGUAUAUCGUGCAUCAUACUGAGCCACUAAUCCAGUUGCAUUGUUCAUCAUCAGUUAUGUCAAGAUAUAUUCAUUUGCAUGUUGAAGUUGCUGUGGUAAUCAAUCUGAGAAAAACACCACUUCAGCACUCUGAAAUGCUUCUACUGUCUUGAGGGGCAGCCAAUUAAAUGGUUACUAAUAACACAAAUGCAGUUUUAAUGCACAUAAAUAAAUAAUAAUAAAAGCCCUGUAACUGGAAUGAAUAAAAAAAUUAGAUAUACUCACAGAUCAUGCAUGGAAUGUUAUUAAUUUCACUGAAGGGAUAUGGGAAUGACUAUGGAAGAGAGAGGUCAGAUGGUGGCUUAGAUUCUUGGUUUGAACUUUGCCAUUUCACCAUGUUGUGUAAAUUAUUAUUUUGUCCUUACAAAUUAUACAGUGUUAUUUCACAAUAAAGUUCCUUGAGGAUCUGCUAAAUAUGGUCAGUUUUAUAGAAUGAAAUAUUGAUUUGAUUUAACAAAUCAUUAAAUAUGAAAUUACUACAAA